CGCGGGGGCUGGUGGGACCGCGCUGUGGAGGACGGACAUGUCGGGUAUCCGGGCGGUGUCUCGGCUGUUGGGCGCCCGGCGCCUGGCACUGUCUAGGGCGCAGUGGCCAGCGACAUGGCAGACCGGCACCCGCGGUUUUCACUUCACUGUUGACGGGAAUAAAAGGUCUUCUGCUAAAGUUUCCGAUUCAAUUUCUACGCAGUAUCCAGUGGUGGACCAUGAAUUUGAUGCAGUGGUGGUUGGUGCUGGAGGGGCAGGCUUGCGAGCUGCGUUUGGCCUUUCCGAGGCUGGGUUUAAAACGGCCUGUGUCACAAAGCUCUUUCCUACCAGAUCACACACCGUUGCAGCCCAGGGAGGGAUCAAUGCUGCCCUGGGGAACAUGGAGGAAGACAACUGGAGGUGGCACUUCUACGACACUGUGAAGGGCUCCGACUGGCUGGGGGACCAGGACGCCAUCCACUACAUGACAGAGCAGGCCCCUGCUUCUGUGGUAGAGCUGGAGAACUACGGCAUGCCGUUUAGCAGAACUGAAGAUGGGAGGAUUUAUCAGCGUGCUUUUGGCGGACAGAGCCUCAAGUUUGGGAAAGGCGGGCAGGCCCACCGGUGCUGCUGCGUGGCUGACCGCACGGGCCACUCCCUGCUGCACACGUUGUAUGGGAGGUCUCUGCGGUAUGAUACCAGCUAUUUUGUAGAGUACUUUGCCUUGGAUCUCCUGAUGGAAAAUGGGGAAUGUCGUGGUGUUAUUGCACUGUGCAUAGAAGAUGGGUCCAUCCAUCGCAUAAGAGCCAAGAACACUGUCGUGGCUACCGGAGGCUACGGCCGCACCUACUUCAGCUGCACGUCUGCCCACACCAGCACCGGUGACGGCACAGCCAUGGUCACCAGGGCAGGCCUUCCCUGCCAGGACUUGGAGUUCGUGCAGUUCCACCCCACAGGUAUAUAUGGCGCUGGUUGUCUCAUUACGGAAGGGUGUCGUGGAGAGGGAGGCAUUCUCAUUAACAGUCAAGGCGAAAGGUUCAUGGAGCGCUAUGCCCCGGUGGCAAAGGAUUUGGCAUCCAGAGACGUUGUAUCUCGGUCCAUGACUCUGGAAAUCCGGGAAGGAAGAGGCUGCGGCCCGGAGAAGGACCACGUCUACCUGCAGCUGCACCACCUGCCCCCAGAGCAGCUGGCCAUACGCCUGCCGGGCAUCUCGGAGACGGCCAUGAUCUUCGCGGGCGUGGAUGUCACUAAGGAGCCGAUCCCCGUCCUUCCCACUGUGCAUUACAACAUGGGUGGCAUUCCCACCAACUACAGGGGGCAGGUCCUCAGGCAUGUGAACGGCCAGGAUCAGAUCGUGCCCGGCCUGUAUGCCUGUGGGGAGGCCGCCUGCGCCUCUGUGCACGGUGCCAACCGCCUCGGGGCAAACUCGCUCUUGGACCUGGUCGUCUUCGGCAGGGCGUGUGCCCUGAGUAUCGCAGAGUCCUGCAGACCCGGAGAUAAAGUUCCCCCGAUCAAACCAAAUGCCGGGGAAGAGUCUGUCAUGAAUCUUGACAAGCUGAGGUUUGCUGACGGAAGCAUAAGAACAUCAGAACUGCGGCUGAGCAUGCAGAAGUCGAUGCAAAAUCACGCUGCAGUGUUCCGUGUGGGAAGUGUGUUACAGGAAGGCUGUGAGAAGAUCAGCCAGCUCUAUGGAGACCUGAAACAUCUGAAGACGUUUGACCGAGGAAUGGUCUGGAACACCGACCUGGUGGAGACCCUGGAGCUACAGAACCUGAUGCUCUGUGCGCUUCAGACCAUUUAUGGAGCAGAGGCCCGGAGGGAGUCACGUGGCGCUCACGCCCGGGAAGAUUACAAGGAGCGGAUUGACGAGUAUGACUACUCCAAGCCCAUCCAGGGGCAGCAGAAGAAGCCGUUUGAGGCGCACUGGAGGAAGCACACCCUUUCCUAUGUUGAUGUCAAGACUGGGAAGGUUUCAUUGGAAUACAGACCAGUGAUCGACAGAACUUUAAACGAGGCGGACUGUGCCACAGUCCCUCCGGCCAUUCGCUCCUACUGACGAGGCCAGAGGUGACCAGCGUUUGUAAU